UGUGCUUUAAAUAGUACUGAAGAUAUGCAGUCCAGGGGGAAAUGUGAGAUAUUUGAAGAUGCUUUUUAGAACCAGACUGUAAUCUGAAGGUUAUAAUCAGAAAUCACAUAUUUGAAUAAUCCAUGAAUGUAGAGGGUGUAUGUGAUGAAAAAAUACAGAGCUUUCUAGUUAAAAUGGAAGAUUAGUGAAGGUAAUGAAAUGCGCAUCAUAUAAAUAUCAGGAAAAGUAUUGUGACUAUGGGAGAAUUACUCUGAUGUUAAUCUAAGUGUAUUAAGAGUUUAAAAGCGGGGUUGGUGCUCAAGCCCAGUGGUUAGGGCGCCGGCCACAUACACGGAGGCAGACGGGUUAGAACCUGGCUAGAGCGUCCUAAACUAUGACAACUACAACGACAGCUGGGCAUUGUGGCAGGUACCUGUAAUCCCAGCUACUUGGGAGGCUGACGCAAGAGAAUCGCUUAAGCCCAAGAGUUAGAGUUGGCUGUGAGCUGUGACGCCACAGCACUCUACCAAGGCUGACAAAGUGAGACUGUCUCAAAAAGAAAAAGUUUGAAAGCGGACAGUAGCAUGUGCCUAGCCAGAGGUUUCAUAGGUGCAGCUCCAUGCAUUAAUGACUGAAGUUUUCAUACCUCCUUGGAACUUUUUAAUGGGUUUACAUGGAUGGAAAUAUUAUUUUGUAUAGAUGUCCAGCAAAAAAUAAAGUGUGUGUAUAUACAUAAGAAUGUGUGUGUGUGUGUGUGUUUGGUUUUUGCUUAAAUACGUGUGCAAUUUCUGCCAUACGCAAUUUAAAUAGUCCUAACACACACACAAAAAUGUAUAUCCUAAGAUGGUGAUCUUUUACAGCAGGCGUCCUCAAACUUUUUAAACAGGGGGCCAAUUCACUGUCCCUCAGACUGUUGUUGGGCAGGACUAUAAUUAAAAUAUAUAUAUAUAUAUAUAUAUAUGAACAAAUUCCUACCCACACUGCACAUAUCUUAUUUUGAAGUAAAAAACAAAACGUUCACACCGCUUCAUGUGGCCCGCAGGCCGCAGUUUGAGGACGCCUGCUUGACAGUCACGCUAUAUUAUGAUUGCAGAGUCUCUGUGCCUGUAUUGACUUAUGUAAGGAGAUCAUCUUGUCUUAAUGGCACAAAAGCAAAAGGGUGAAAUUCCUGGCUAACAUCCCAGAUCACACAGCAGGCAAACCCAACUUUUAAUCCCAUUUGGGCCCUUACAAACCGUGUGUCCUAGGGAAAACACAUCAUUUUAUUUAGCUUUUUCAUUUUAAAGUAAAAAUAGUAUCUGCAUGGCUGCUCAUGUAUGUUAUAUAACGUACCCUGUUCCGGCUCUACCACUGGUUAAGCAAUGGUAAAUACCACUAUGAGAAGCGGACAGGAAGGGGCGGAGCGCCAGAGGCGGCGGGGGCUGCUCGCAGCACUGGAAGAAGCGACAGCAGCGGGAGGCGCAGGUGUGAGCCCGGAGGUCGCUUUGGCCCUCGUCCUGGCGGUCACUCGGGGGCUUGCGGGACCUGCGGUGACCCUUGGCUCCAGGCGCUCGACGGCCUGCGACAAAGGGUCCAUGGCCUCAGCGGCGGCUCCGUCUUCCCUGGCCGUCAGGGCCCCGAGCCCGGUCGCAACCCCCACCUCGUACGGGGUCUUUUGCAAGGGGCUCUCCCGCACCCUGCUCGCCUUCUUCGAGCUGGCCUGGCAGCUGCGCAUGAACUUCCCGUACUUCUACGUCGCGGGCUCGGUGAUCCUCAACAUCCGCCUGCAGGUACACUUUUAGAGUCGUGACUAAGCUGCUGGUCUCCGGGACCAGCGCGAUGGCCGAUUCCCAGGGGUCCCCGCGCCGUAGCGGAGCUGCAGGGGAGAAAUUCGCAGUCUCGCGAGAUUGCCGGGCGUCUUCCGCGGCUGCGCUCUUGGUUCC